CCAGGCAACAGAGAGAAAUUAAAGGGAAAUCUGCCAAGAAAUGGAGGCAAAUUAAAGGAAAUUUUUGGGAAAAUAGAAGGAAAUUGUAGAGAAAUGUGCCAGGGAAUGAAGGGAUGUUAAAGGAAUAUGUUACAGAAAAUGUUGGGAAUUUAAAGGAAAAUGUAUGGAAGCAGGGAAAUAUUUAAAUGAUAUUUGAAAGUAGUAUAUUCUAUCGUUAUGAAGCAAAGAAUCAUAACAAUCGUGCAUUUAUCGAGAAAAAAUAAUAAUGUAUUAAUGAAUAUUUUUGGUGCCAUCUUAUAGAAAUUGUUGGAACUAUAUUGAUUACUAACUUGGACAUUUUCUCACCGAUGGCGCCACUGGUAUUAAAACCGUCAGUAGUGUUACCAUUCAUAGGCGCGAAUUUAUAAAUAUAUAAACAAAUUUCAAUGAUAGACAAGAAGUAAAAUUCCUUAUCCCUUACGUAUGACAAUAAAACAAAAAAGAAGCAUUGCAUUUGUUUUUAGUCACAUGGCUGCCAAGCAUUUAAUAUAUUUGUAACAAUGACUGUGCAAUAUGAUCGCGUUAAAAACGAUGGUGUUGUUGAAGUUUUAAAAAGAGGGGACUACAAAGAAAGAUCAAGUAGCACAGACACCAAGACAAGCGAGCCGAUAGUAAAUCGUUUAUCAAAAUUAAAAACGUCACCUCAACCAUGGUACAAAACGCGCAAGGUUACGGCGAAUCUAAAAGCUACAUUGCCAGAUAUAAGUCCCAGAGAAGUGAGAAGAUUCUACAUGCCAUACCACAAAGCGAUUCUUCUCGAACUUAACGAGCAGGACUACCAAGAAGCCUACCGUCGUAUGAAAGAGAUUCUGGAACUCGAUAUAAAAAUUGGUGAAAAAUCAUCGAGUUCCUUGAUGUGGAAGAAACCAUACUUGAAGAAUCGAAAGGAUUUCAUCGAUCGUCUAAAAGAUGGAUUGAUGGCCUUUGAAAAUGGCAGAAGGGAAGGUAAUUCCAUCGUUGAAGCAACAUCGCUGUUGGACAUAGCUCUCUUCUUUCAGUCGAAAACUUGGGAAUGGUGGUGGAUAGUAGAACGUCUCUACCAGGAUGCUCUCGUGAUUGCAGAAGCCAUCGAGAAUGACGAUCGUCGCACCGUCACCUUGAUACGUUACCUUUACGGUCGAUUCCUCUUCAACGAAUUGCAGAAGCCGAAGGAAGCCUUGAAUUAUCUAAACGAGGCACGGGAAGCAUCUAAGAAGAAAACAUGGAAUGCUUCCAAGAUCUUGAAAGAAAAACAGAGUUCCAUUUUCAGAGAGUGUAACAUCCUCCAAUACAAGGCACUGUUGAUUCUCGCUCGAAAGGAACGACCAGAGAAUCCUGAUUAUGCUCUCAAGGCCUGCACGGAAGCUCUGGAAAGAGCCACGGAUGCUGACGACACAGAAUACGUAAACGAAGCCCUUUACGAGCUGGGGAAAAGUUACAUCGCGAGGAACGACGUCAAGCGCGCGUUGCACAGCUUCUCCAAGUUAUUGGCCUUGGCGAAAAGGAUUCCAGACGCUGCGGGAGUCUGUAACGCCCACAUGGAAUUAGCGUUCGCGUACAAGCAAUUGAACGACAACGUCCACACGGAGAAACAUUUGAGGAUGUUUAGAGAGAACACUAAGCAAUUCGGCCUCUUUGAAAAACUCGCAGACGCCCACUAUUACACUGGUGAACAUUACUUGACUCAGGGUAGUUUAACUAUAUCUACUUCACACUUGGAAAGCGCUCUGCAUAUUUACAAUAAACUCGGCCUGUCCCGCGAAGCUGAUCGCGCCAGAAGUAUCGCGGGCAUCUCUAAAGGACAAGAAAGAAUCGAGAAGUUUUUCGAGUUGAUCUCGCGAUGCGGUGAACACGACAAAGACGCCAUUUCGAAGAUAUGCCUUUGGAAAGGACGCAGAGAACCGUUCUGGACCGACGAGAUACACGGUAAACAAAGAAAUAUAGUCGUACACAAAUAUACAGUAAUAUACAAGAUCGUUUCUUUUUUUUUCUUUACCCGCAAAUUAUUUCAUACACUCUUUUUAUAUAAACAUCGCGAGUAUUAACAGCGAGCCACAAAAGAUAUCCUCCUCAACUGCUGACUUCAGAUUGUCUAUAUCCUUUCAGGAUACGCGUUAUCUGAACUCCUUUUUGUACGAUGAUAGAUUGUAUUAAUUAGAGUAGUUCCGAUUGAUAUCAACGUUAAAAAUAUUUUAUGUUUAUAUAUUUGUACAUACGUUGUUUAUACAUUUGAAAUAUAUAUUUCCCUUGUAUAAAUUCCUUUGUCUGUAAAUUUAAUCCUAUCACUCUAGCUAAUGUCAUAGCUACUUUAUAAAUUAAAUUAAAAGAACCUAGGAAAGCUAAUAGAGCAAACAGUUUGGUUACUAUAAACCAAUACCUUCUAAUUCGUUUUUGGAAUUGCACUGAAUUGUUACUUUUCGCGAGAGUUUAUAUCAAUCGAAGGUUUAAUUAGUACAGUAUAUACAUUUAUACAUCAAGGAUAACGUAACACUUUGCCUUUAAAAAUAUAUAAAUUGUUCCAAGUUACUAGUUGAAAGAGUACAUCUACGACUCGCUGUAGAAGUAUUUACAACGUUCGCCUACUGCGGUAUCGGAAUAUGGCCACAGUUUUCCUACUUUUAACAGUACUGCAAUUUUAUCAGUAGUACAUAUCGACGCUAUAUUAUACAACGAAUCAGUGUUUCUGAUUUAAUUCACGUGCGUCUACGUUUCAGCUGAGAGGUCAGACUUGGAGAUGCAUUAUGAAACUUCGGAGGGCACGAUCCCACAGUCGCAGUCACUCUUAAACGAUGAGCUGACUGAGUCACGAAAUUAAAAUAACGUGCAAUAAAUACUUUCUGAUAUUAUAUAUGAAUGUAAAAAUGACAUUAUGAAAUUUCGAAAGUCGGGAUUUGUCUCUUAUCCUCGAUAUUUAAUAUAUUAAUAAUUUUAACUUUCGAUUAUGAACACAUUCAUGUCUUACGAGAACGGAAUAAUACUGGACUUCCCGAUUCCUAAACAAACUUAAAGAAAAAACCAAGUUUUUUUUUUAAGCGACAUAUGGGCAUUUAUCGACUUAAAUAAAAAAAUGGGAGAAUGUAAAUUCUUUAAAUCACGUCAAUUUUUGAACGUUCUUGUAUAAGAUUUUUAAAUUAAAUUGAAUUUAUAUAAUUUUUUAGUGUACUUUUACUCAGAUCUUCCGGCUGUAUACACACAAUUUACGUACUCCCACUCAAACAAUAAUAAUCCUUAUUUCAAUUUGUCUCAGUAAUGCCUACUUAA